AUGCAGGUCGAUCCGACUCUGACCAAGACACCACAGNNCUACACCGACGGCAACAUCGUGCGUGAAGGCUACGUUGGCGAGUCCUCGAAGCCCGAGUACUCCUCCGGACGUGGAGGCAUGUGGAUUAUACAACAGGAAAUACAACAAAACGCAAAGACUGACCGAAAACCANNAGGUGCCGGCAACAUUGUCGAUUCGCCAAAAGUCAGACCAGUUGGCGACAAGAGCUCUGCCUCCGAAGACGUGAUUCCCGAACCAGCCAUGCGCAACUCUGCUGGCUACGACAACUUCCACACUGGCGUAAGAAACAUCUACAAGGAAAAAUACGGAGGCCACAGCAGCGCACCCGUCCCGGAAAAGGAAGAGAAGCCGCACGAAAAGGAAAGCUUGGGCGACAAGGUCAAGCACCUUUUCGGCAAGAAGGACUAG